UCCGGCAACAAGGGUGAUAGAAUUAGUUAAAGGUGCAGAGGAUAAAUACAAUGACUAUACUCAACCAACCAUACUGCUUUUCUGUAUUAACAUGUCUUUGCUAAUUCAGAAAGACCUCAAAGAGUGGGGUGCUG